GAGCAGGUUGUCCGAAUGCCUCACCACCGUCUCUUUUCAUAUGGUUCACAGGUUUACAAGCUAAUUUGCACUCACCUAGUGUAUACAUUUGACAACAAGGCAAAUCAAUGCAUACCAAAUGGAACUGCGCUCAGUUGCAAGAGAAAAAUGCAGUUGAUCUCACCGUACAUUGCAUUGUUACUAAUGGCCGUUACGGCGGCCCGUGCCCAAUUCAAUUUAAUGGAUGUGCUCGGGGGUAUCACGGGAGGAGGCUCCGACGAUGAUUCCGAGGACGAUUAUGGCGACUACAUGGGACUGGUUCAAGAUCUAAUUCAGGGCGCUACUAAAAUCGCAGAGUCCGUUGCGUCCGGAUUUAUGGCGUCUUUGAAGGAUAAUUCGAUGGAUGUAGAGACUCGAAUGCAGUAUAGUAACGGGACCGAUUUGAGUUAUCGCACGGUCGAGGAUUUUAGCAGAAAUAUCACAUUGCACAAUAUUCAGUCGGUCAAAAUGAUCUUGCAGCUGAUUCACGAGUCGUUUGUUACGCGAAAUGGCGAGCAAAUGCAAGAUGCAGUUUUCGAUCCGAUUGCAGCGAUAUUGCAGGACACUGACGGUGACAUGAUGUGUAAGACCAAUCAGUCGGCGCAACAGCUCGUAUACGGCAUCUACUCGGCCAUCCAAAGGAUCGAGCAAAAGGGAUUCCUAAUUCUACAGUUUUCCUACACGUUGCUUAGACUAUACAACGACGGCAAGGAUGACAAGAGGUACAUAAAAAAAGCGGAGCAGGUUAGAAAUUUACAGGUGAAACGAGCGUUGGAACUGGCCAAGGUUGCCAAAAAACUUCUGCCGACCCUCUCGAGAGAAUUUCGCAGAUGCGAUCCGCUCGAACACGUCGCGGGCAGAACGUACUUGGAGAUUACCCAAUUGCUGCAGGGCCAUAUACAGAACAUAGUCGAUUUAAAUAGCAAGGGAUCGUGUCUAGGUAAUUGUGGCAGCUACGCGUUGACAAAGAGCUACGGCUGCCAAGAUGAUCGCUCUUGUAGUAAGCUGCAUCAGUGCCGUGGAAAUAUCAUGAGUUGCAAAUUUAUUGAUUCCGAUAUGCAAGUCUGUCCAGCAGGGAACGACACUAACCGACGGUAUGACUACGUUGAGUAUGCAAAUGGUCGUCUUCUUGGGCAAAAGCAUGAGUGUCGCAAUAGUAUCUUUAACGUGGCCAGUUGGUGGUGGCUAAUUUCUCACUGCACUUACUGCUUCUGCUUAUGCGACGAAGAAGGUGCUAACUCAGAUCGAUACUUUAAUUUACGCCCAGUAUUUGCUGAUGUAUUGAACAACAUGGUGGUGACCGGUCUACGUUUUACCAAAGUCAAUCGCGUCAUCCACCUACAAAUUCAGGAGGGUCAACUGUUGCCAAAAGGCGAAAUUGAUAACAAGACUCUUCGCUGGGUUCCAGUCGACGGUUACGACAUUAACGAUGGUAAUGUGAUCAACGGCCGCGAUUAUCACACUCUCACUUGGGAGCAACGCAGCGUUGAUCUCGACGAUUUAAUAGCCGAAGACGAGCAUGUUCUUACAGGCGUUCACUUCCAAAUCGUCCGUGGACAUCUGAACCUCCAAAUUUUAGUAACCCCGUUCGACCACGAAAAAGGGUUGUUAAUUCAGCCAGCACAACUUGGCAGAUGGGUAAACGGUACCACAACUAACAGAACCGAAGUUACGUUGGACAAACCGGGAGUACCCGCUCGCGCCGGAUCGGCUUGUUGGCCCGAUUCCAAAACUGGGCAGUACGUAACCUUUACACACACGGAUUUAGAGAGCGAUGCCGCCCAGACUACUGUGCCGUUCUUGGAUGCUCAGCCUGUUGUUCCGAAAACUGCCGUACCCUUGGCGGGCGCGGGGCUCUAUCACAGGGGUGAAAGUAGUUCGGGUGGUUUCAUUGCGCCAAAAAUUAUUACGUAUGACUUCGGAAUGCGUGUGGAACUGAAGCUUUUGGGAAAGUAAAUAAAAAAAUGUGAUUGGCUUAUAUAAUUGACAAUAAAUUGUCUGCUAUUAGACUCCCGCUAA